UCACCGCCGGCUCAUGGGGGUUGGGAGGCAACCUGGGUUCGCAUAAGGCGCCCACGCAAGCGCCGCUUUCCAUGGCCAGAAGCCAAACCCAGUGCCAAGCCCCGGCUCCGCUCAGGAACUCUCAGCUCUGCCCAUUGACGUCAAUGAGACUAAGCCCCGCCGCCACGUGUGCCAGUGCGCCCAAUGAGAAGCCACGCCCUGCACUGAGACGCGAUUGGUCAGUCAGCCUUGUGGCGUCACGGCUCUGAACGCUGCGCCGGGUGAGUCCAGCAUUGGAUUGUGGAUGGCUGUACGGUGCGACUCCCUUACUGGCAAUGAGAGUGCGUUCCUGGCACAGCCUGGAGCUGCACGGAGUAUUGUCUCUACGAGAUGCCCAUAUCGUCGCGUUAAAUCAGUGUCUUCCUGAGUGGUCAGAAGGCAUUAUGGGGACUCCGGCCUCCGUUGUCAGCUCACCAUCUGCCCCCUGGCAAGCACCAGUGGCAAGAUCAAGGAAAAAGGCUUCUGCUAAUAUAUUUAAAGACAUAAACCUUCUUCAGAUACAGACUUUGUUCCACACCAGCGGGGAUGAAUGCGCUGAGGAGCGAGCACGGAUCAUAUGUGAAUAUGCAGGGGACAAGCACGUUGCAGAUGCCUUGAUUCGGCUCAGAAGGAAGAAAAAGAGCAAACGAGCCCACAAGCCGUCUUCCAAACCAAGCAAUGAUAGAAUCGAAACUCUGUCUGUGCACCAUUUCAGUAAACUAUGUAUUAAUGAAGCCGAUCGCAAAGGAGGUCCAGAUACUGAGGAUAAUAACCCUGACCAAUCAAGCAGCGCUGGCCAAGAACCACAGCCUUGUGAGACAAAGAAACAGACAGUAACAACUAGAAGAGGGAAAGGUAAAGUAAGGAAAGAGACACAGGAAAGGCUCUCAGACUAUCUGCAUCAGAUAAAGCGAUGAUCUAGGACAUUUAACAUGAGAAAUACAUGACAGUGCUGCUAUUUAUUGCAAUACAAUUUCUCUGCCUUGGGAAAGGUGAAAUAAGAUAUUAAUAAAAUACUGUACAACUAACCAUACCAGUGCAAUGAACUGGCAUACCAGAACUGACGGACUAAAUGAACAAGCCAAAGCUUCCACUGAAGAAUCCUUACAUGGCCCCAGCUCUGUUUCAUAUGGACUGACAGCCCACGGGUUCUAGCGCUAUAAUAGGAAUGCAUGAAAUGGGCAUGAUAAGCGAAUCAGCAUGGCCAUAUACAGAACUAACACAUAAGCUGGAAUAGACCCUAAUAUAACAGAUUUGGUAAAAACACUAUUUCCUUUCAGUUUUCAUAAUGAUGUUUCAGACCUGUAUGAGAAGUAAUAUGUUCUGCAGUCAGCAUGGAACAAAGACAAACGGACAGGGCCUUAUACAUGUACAAUUUAUUUAAUGAUGCUGCUUUACCCCCACCAAACUGCCCCCAAGGACAACUGAUGGGGGUAAUAUACAGCCAAGUGAACAGCGUGUCUUCAAAUCUUUGCCCAAGCAAUAAGUGUUGCAUCCAACUAUCCAUGGGCAGAUGACAAAGUAGGACAUUUGUGUGUGCAUCUCUGUAAGGUUGAUCUUCAAAUUCUACUUCUCCAGCUGCUGCUGGGCCACAGCUCCCUGCAUGUCACUGAUAGCUGGUGAAUGGCAGAGGGUUAUAGUCCAGCAACAGAUGGAAAGCUGCAGAUUGGAGAUCAGAUCAUUGCUUUAAAAUAACAGAGGCAAACAUUUUAGUGGCAAGGGAUAUAAGAUGUAGUAAAAGCAUCUCAGACCUUGGAGUCAAAUGCUGUUAUAUGCACUAAUUAUUUUUCUGUAAAUCUGUUACUUAUCUAAUUGCUGCUUAUUUAAAAGAUUUCAGUUCCUAAGUAUACAUUGCACUAAAUGUAUGAUUCUUGGACGGAAUUUGAUUUAAAUCAUUAUUCAUUAACCUUUAUUGCACAUGCCUGGUUAAGGCACAAAGUAUUCUUCCUAUAGGGUCUCUCUUUACUUUGCUGGCGGAAUUCACAGAAGUGUAUAUGUAGCGCCGGCACUGCAAAUCCAUACUAACCAAUUUGCAGUUAACCUUACAGGGACACUAUGAGUUGCUAGAGGUGUAACAUUACACCUGAAUUUGUUUAUUCUGCCCUCAGUAUCUGUAAAAGAGAGUUGUCACCCAUGCAAUAAGUGCCCCAGUUUCACUGUUACGCCACCAACUUCCAGUAAUAAUAAUAACAGCAUAGUGCCUUUUUCUUUCACAAGCACAGGACCCAAUCCUUUCCAGCAGGCUGGUGUUGUUCUAUAGGUUUCUAUUUUUUGCACUACUGGUCAAAUGUUCAUAGUAGGACACAAGGCAGAUUUAGUAGAUGGACAGUUUUCUAUGUAAUUAUGAUACUGCCUGCCCCUUUUUUCUAGGACAAUGAUGUGUAUUUGAGGGUUAGUGUCCCCUAAUGCUUGGCACUGAGAUUGGGGUAAUUUUCUAAUAUAGGUGCUUAACUGAAAUUCCCCAUAGAAUCAAGCAGAUGUUUGUUUUUAUUUUCUAAAGCUGGCCAUACAUGUAAAGAUACACUCCUUAGUAAGGUUGGCAAACGAGCAGACCUUUCACCCAUAGGCCUACCACGAGGUGGGCAUUAUCAGACUGGCCCAGCGGUUUCGCCCUCAGGCCAACAAUCCGAUCAUAAUUGGAGAAGGCUGUCGGUUCGAGGGCUGUAUCUGGAAGGAACCAGUCGGCAGCUUGUAUCUGCCCAUGUAUGGCCACCUUUAUUUGUAGUAGAUCAAGUAGGAUCAAAGCAAAUGCUUAUUGCUAUGGUUAACCACACUGUUGUAAUUCAGUACCAGUGUUAUUAAAUGAGGCCUACAUGAAUGUGUAAACUAAUAAACAGCAGGCACAAAAAAACAUAAAAUAAUAUUUGCUGUUUUAAUAUGUUUAUAUGGAAAGGGUAUUCCUUCACACACUGCCUGUCCUCUAAAGCAGGAAGCUCUCCCUGGGCUCCUGUUUUAUGACUACUAUAAAAUAUAGCUAGAAAAACUAAAACAAAAUGAAAAACAGCACAUGGAUUCAUUAUUUUGAGUUGUGCAAAGGGAAGAAUAUGUUUAAAGACACAUGGGUAGUGAUGUUGCAAUAUGUAUUAAAGUUCAGCAAUACUUAGUACCAUUUUUGCAUAUGUUUUCACAAAUGUAUUUAGAUACUACAGUUUUGUAAUGACAGAUAUUAAAACACUAAUCUGUUGUUUGGCCAUAAGGUUAAAUUUUUGCACUGAAAUGCUGUGCCUGUCCAUAUGUAUACAAAGCAGCCCUAUGGUCCAAGCCUCUAAAACCCUAGUCCCUGGCAUCCUGCUUCACAAGGUAGUAAGUGCUAACAACAGAAUCGGGGCAACAAUACAGGGGCUUUAAUUGGUGUCAAGCUUCUGUUGAGAAAAGGCCAAUGGCAGAUCAUUCAAGCACUAUACUUGCUUUAAGAACAAAGUUGCUAUAGUCCUCUCAGAGGCAGAGUCAGGCAGAAAGGGGCAUUUUGACCGUUUUGACACUAUUUCUGGCCACAGUGGCGGUCAAAACAACCUGUUCCAUAGACCUUAGUGCUUCUUUAUGGUAAAGUAUUUAUUGGAUUUUAGAAAAUGUACAGGAAAAAAAGAGGUAAUUCUAAGACAUGGUCCCUAUUAUAUUUAAUUCUCUAGGCAAUAAUAAAAUAAGAAAAGAUCCCAUGUCUUUUAAAACUAAGCAAAUAAGAUGAAAUUUAAGGCACUGUCUGUGUGUGUGUGGAUGUAUAAAGAUAAUAUGUAUCACAAUGUUUAACUGCACGUGACAGGAACAUUUGUAAUAAACUGCAUAAAGCAAA